GAGAUGACUUUCUAUCCUCCAGCCAUGACAUAUGUUUUACUGGAAUCAAGUCAGCGAUAGAUUAACAUCUAACGAGUUAUUGAAUGUACUUUCCACUCAAAAGCGAUUAUUUAUGUCAYGUGUCACAAUAAGAAAUGAUCCAAAGAAUAAUAGAUAUAAAGCAAAAAAAAAAGCCAACCAGCGACGAAGGAACGUUGCCGACAGAAAUUGGUAUUCUGAACGUUGAGAGGAGUCAGUGCAUGAGCAAAGGCUUAUGGGUAGUUGGUGUACAGGGAGACGUGAAAACAGGGUUUGAUCAUCCAGGCCCGUCAGGCUUCACACUCAACUUCGUUUUCGGUUUGCAUGGACAAAACAGCCAAUGAAUCGAAAUUUCAUGGGUGAGGUGCUCUCUUCUCGCAUGUCGGCUUUACCCUCCCCUCCCCUACCUCCAAUUCAGUGUUAUCACUCGUUCGGUGAUGACCUGCGAUAGAUCUAAAUGUGUAAAAAUAUAAGAUUUGAUAUACAACAUACUCCAUGUUUAACACACGAGAAUUAAGCAAUUUGGUUAAGGUUCUCCAAUCCCUGGCGGCCGUGGAGAGUGCUGGUUCAAUUCUGUUUUCUUUGCAUAAUUUCGUGUUUUUAACUUAGUGGCUGAAUAAAUAAGUAAAUGACUACAAUUAAUUAAAGUCGCUCUAAGAGCGCAUGUGGUUACUCCAAAACUCAACUGGUAUGAAAGAUAAAUUGGAACAUCAUCCUCGGCUGGGAUUAUUGCAGUACACCAACAUUGUACGUCUUUUGUUACAUAAAGUGAAGACUAAAUCUGUAAACUUGAUGUUUACAUCAACAUUGUCUUUGGAUACUAGUGAAAAAUACAUGUGUAAAUUAUAAUAUCACUCGUAUUCCCAACUAAAUAGUUGGGCUCAAAUAUCCACUUUCGUUUGUUGGUAUUUGGUUUGGUUGUUGGUUGUUGGUUGUUGGUUGUUGGUUGUUGGUUGUUGGUUGUUGGUUGUUGGUUGUUGGUUGUUUGGGUCAAGCUACAGAUCCUGUAAUAACGCCAUAAAGACGGGCCUAAAAUCUCAAAAAAAAAAAACUCAAAAAGGCUUUCAUUAAAUCACAGUCGAUACUGUUCAAUGAAAGCUGCUAUAGAUAAAGUGCAAGAAAGGAUACGAAUAGGAGCCAGCGUUUCUUUGACCAGCGUCAUCAGGUGUAGUUGUCAUGGGAAUGUAUCACGUGAUAGUGUUACUUACGUCUAUAAUAUGAGUACAAGGAGUAGUAAUGAGAAGUAGACUUCACAUGAAAUCCACAAGUGUGUUUAAAAUAGACAUGAUAGUGAGUUUGAUAGGAGAUUGGGUUCUAACUUCGUGACGCUUGAACUAAUCCAUGGGAAAUAGAAAUAGUCUCACGGUGGCUGCCACAUUUGAAGGCUGGUCAAGUACGGCCGGUUACUUCAACCCUUUAAUCAGUCAAUACACUACACAACAUAUGAAGCUUUUCCAAUACAAUAGUAGAAAUAGAUCAAGAAACCCAUAACGGUGAGAUGUAUUAACACUAAAAAGUAAAUAAUCGAGCUGUGUGCGGUUUGUUUUCUUCCCCAACCCCCACGUAGACAGCUUAAAUGAGGCAAAUCCAAACCAAUAGAAAACGUCGUUCAAACGAACAAAUUGAAGAGUAAACUUGCUUUAACUUGAGUUCAUGAGUUGUAUUUAAGAUGGAGCGACUUCUUCCUACAAGCGACGAAAUUAUUCGCUCAGCUUGCACGCUUCCAUUUGACGGAAUGCCGGUCGGUCGACGUGGCCUCGUCGUGCCGCAGAACACUUUCCUAGAGAAUAUCGUUCGACGCUCGAACGGACUUCAUCCGAACUUUGUGCUCGGCAAUGCUCAAAUUCUCGAUAACCCMAUUGUAUACAGUAGCGAUGGGUUUUGCAAACUCAGUGGAUUCUCACGGACAGAGGUGAUGAAGAAGGGUGCGGACUGUAGUUUCAUGUACGGAGAUCAGACCGAUAAGGAAGCAAUCGAACGAAUUCAUCAAGCCUUGAUCAAGAAACACGCUUUACAAUUGGAAAUCGUACUCUACAAGAAAGAUGGAGUACCCAUGUGGAUUCUCUUACAUAUUGGACCCAUUGUGAACGAAAAAGGAGAAGUGGUCCUCUUUCUGUUCACAGUAAAGGAUAUCACUGAAUUCAAGGAUCCUAUUCCUGGAACAGACUCUGGACCAAAAGGCUGGGCAAGGUUGAAUAAAUCACUAACGAGACACAAAACAGUUCUUGUGGCAUUCAAACARAAAACAACCUCACAGAAAAAUGCACAGCAAAUCACACACCUCAUGUCAUUGAACGACGACAUCAUUCCUGAAUACAAGCAAGAUAUCCCAGAAACCCCUUCGCGUAUUAUCCUGCAUUACAGUACWUUCAAGACAUCAUGGGAUUGGUUGAUAAUUAUACUGACACUAUAUACAACAGUAUCGGUCCCUUUYAUUGUAUGCUUUCAGUUUAACCCGCUWGCACUCGCCAUCAUUGAYCUUCUCGUUGAUUGGUUGUUUAUCGCUGAUAUUGUUUUGAACUUUCACACRACAUACUUUGGUAAAGAUGGCGAGUUAGUUGACGACCCUAAAAUGAUACGUAUGAAUUAUCUAAAGACAUGGUUUGGACUCGACCUCAUAUCGUCUCUACCCUACGGAAUACUCUAUUUUGUGGACAAAGAGUCUGAGUCGGAAAUYACCAAUCUGCUUGGAUUUCUCAAAGUCUUUCGACUCCUUCGUCUCGGUCGAGUUGCGAGGAAGAUCGAUAAAUACCUUGAAUAUGGUGCAUCUACCUUCUUCCUGUUGAUGUUGUCAUUCUGUUUGGUGGCUCACUGGAUGGCUUGUCUUUUCUACAUCAUCGCUGUUAAAUAUGAUAAAUAUGUUGACCAYAGUUGGCUUAUGAUUCUUGCCAGAACUCUCAAUGAACCUUACAAACUUAACAACAGCACUGGUGUAAUGGACUACGAGGAAACAGGGCCGUCAGUACCAGCCCGAUAUGUUUCAGCUCUCUACUAUACGCUGACUAGUUUGACAACCAUCGGUUUUGGUAACAUUGCACCCAACACAACAGCAGAGAAACUAUUUGGUUGUGCGACAAUGUUACUCGGGUCCAUUCUAUUUUCGCUGAUCUUCGGUCAAGUGUCAGCAAUACUCCAACAGUCCCAGAAGAACACUGCAAAAUACCACUCGAUAAUCGACAACAUGAGACAGUUCAGCAAAAUCUACAAACUGCCACCAGCGCUGGCAGACAGAAUUAUAGAUUAUUUCAUGUCUACAUGGGCACAGAAUAAAGGGAUYGACACUGACGAGGUAUUAAACAUUUGCCCCAAAGAUCUUCAGGCAGACAUUUGYGUCCAUAUGAACAGGACCGUGUUAGACAACAAUGUUGCCUUCAAAGAUGCKCCUAUGGGUAUCAAACGUGCGAUCGCAAGGAACUUCUGGGUAUGUCACGUGGCUCCCAAUGACCGCAUCAUUCAUCAUGGAGAAAGCCUAGACGUGCUGUACUUUAUUGCUCGCGGCUCAUUAGAGGUUAAACAAGGUGAYGCUGUUGUAGGCCUUUUAGGUGAGGGCGAUGUGUUUGGAGAUAAUAUUUGUAAUGAGCCCAUGGUGGGUCAGUCAGCGGUCGAUGUAUAUGCUCUUACCUAUAGUGACUUGCACUGUAUUGGACGAGAUGCAUUAAUUGAGGUUCUCGAGUUCUAUCCUGAAUUUGCUAUCAAGUUUGCAAAGAAUCUUAUGCUGUCGUACAAUUUGCGCGAUGAGCUUAAAAUCCGCUUAAGAACACCCACUAUUAAUUUACAAAAUGAAGAGGAUGACGACAGAAGACCGAUCAGCGUCGGGUUUGGCCGAAGUAAGCGUCGUAAGCUAAGCCUUGUGGAGGAACUUGUCCAAACGUACGACAUCCAAGACACAUAUCUCGACACAGGGCCGAGCGUACAACCCGAUCAAACAUCGAUCGAACGAAUGGUUUUACCAGACAAGAAAAAAGAUCUCCGAGCAAAACCCGAACUUUAUCAAGACUCAGUGGACGUCAUUUCGAGUCUUUCCGAAAUGAAAGGCGAGGUCCGACGKGAGAUCGAGGUUAUGAAUAUGAARAUGACWCAGCUUGAGCAGCAGGUUGCUACUAUCAUCGAUCUCCUCAAAAGUCAAGGUCAUCUGCAUAGUCGUGCCAGUGGAAGCUUGAAUGACAGCUUGGAUGCAGGWGACACGCCCUCCAUUACUUCGCCUGUCAAACGGAAACAGCAAAAACGUUCUUCUAAGCCAAGUAAAUCACAGGAUGAAGAUCCGCUUCCUGAUUGGCUAGCACGGCCCGGAAGUGCGUCUUCAGACCACAGCAUUCCGGACUGGGAACAAGACGAUACCGCUGAUCACAAAAAAUCUGCGGCAAAAAAGUUGAAUAAAGAGAACAAUACCGGUGACCGUGAAACGAAAUUACUGCAAACCCUCAAUAUGAUGAAGAAAAAGUGAAUGUUUUUUCAAUCAUAGUUUACUUUUCUAACUUUAUAGCAUCAAACUUCAUAGAAAUACCACUAAUGAGAAAGGUCAAGACAACGAUGUUGGACAAAUACAUACUACUUUAAAUAUAUACAACACAUGCAAUACUUUUUAUUCGACUCAUAAUAAUACAAGCAUAAAUAUCUUACUUUAUCUUUAAAAGAGAGACAGUUAUCUUUACACAAAUUCUUUUUAGAUUUUACUUGACAUUCUUAUUGUUUCCAGCAUGUAUGUCGUCAAAAUGCUCACACUUUAAGAUAAACAGUCGCAGCGCUCGAUGAGUUUUUAUAGAAAACGACUCAGAGUGUUUUAUUAGUAGACUCGAACUACAGUCCAAAAUCUUUAUUCCUUAUAAAAUACUCUCGAGUUUUCGUCUAAACGGCGUUAAAAAUAUCACUCAGAAACACUAUAAAUUCUUAGAGAAAUGACCUUAAAUUUAAACUGUACAAAGAACGCAUGCCAUCCCACACUGAACGCACAUCGGCGCCAAAUGAUCGUAAAUUUAAACUGUACAAAGCACGCUUGUCAUCACACAUUGAAUGCACACCGGUGCCAAAUAACUAAGGCUGAUAAUGAGUGCUUGGAAGAAAAUUUUUCCGGAAAGCAUUGAUAGGGCUAUCUAUCAUCUGAUAAAUGCGAUCCUUAUUAGUAUUCUUUCAAAAGAUUUUCAAUAAGGAGUGUUUUUAACACGGGGACACCAGCCUAGUGUCUAGUAGGCUUUAAUGGCGGCGUUGCUUUGUAGAAUGGCGAGCCCGCAAUUAAAAUACGUUAGUGUAUUACGUCCUCCUUUUCAUAGUUAUAAACAUCAUUUCUGAAUAACAUUUGAUCUUUCAAGCUGUUUUUUUUAUUACCUUCUCAUGAGAAAAAAUCCCUGACAGCUUUAAAAAUCACAUUUUGUUCAAAAAUGAUGCUAUUACUAAAGAAAAAGAAGGGAAAAAAGGCAUGAUCGAUUCACACCACGCUGGGCUGCCUGUGGUAUUAUYAGAUAUAAURUGACCMCUGAACAGKCUAAUAAUCUGUCGUUCGUUCCCAGARGACUGCUGCUGAGUUUGUUAUUAUCYGUUGCCAAGCAACCCUGACCGGUAUGACACRCAUGUUCAGAUUCUUUUCAAAAUGGUUAUAGUUUGGUAUAAACGGUUWAUGAAAGCGUUCUAUUUAUUAUACGUAAAGAAGUUAAAAAUGAAGAGAAUUGGACACACUUAAAUGAAGUAUGUUUACUCUAAGGACCUCAUUUUCUAACAGUCAUAUUAUAACCAUUAGCGCGUAGGCUGAGGAAUGAACGAUACACGCCUGAAUUCACCACGUUGAGUCAUUUACGACAGUUUUGGUGCCGUGAGACUAUAUUUAACAAUCAUUAAAUUGCUUCUUGCAAAGCUUGUC